UUACUUCUUGCUAUCAUCUUGUCCGUACAACUACGAGGAUAUUGAACUAGUCUCUAUCAAUCGUCAUGUCCUUCAAACAAUCAGUGAUAUACCCCUCCAACCCAGCUACCGCCCGGGGCGCAUCCACCAGGCUGAACGCAUACAAAGACAAGAUCGUCUACACCAACGGCCGAACGGUGAUCAUUCGGGAUCUAAAGAAUCCGACCUCUGUGAUUGCAAAUUCAGGUCAUGUGCAUAACACCACUGUCGCGAAGAUCUCGCCAACUGGCUACUAUUGUGCAUCCGGUGAUGCUUCGGGCGCUGGUAUGUCGAGUUCUUAUAUACGAAUGAACGCUUGUCUUCCGGGAGGAUAUUGGCUGGAAUCGAGCCUACAUCGAGUUGCAUAAGAAUCUCGCAUCGACAUAUGUCGGGGCAGCGACGGUGACAAGCUCCACCUGUCUAUAGAUACUUCAGACAGUGUACAAUGAGUGCCCGAAGACCGUCAACUUCGCUGAACCUGUGAUUGGCACUUGCGCUAUACCGGUUGGGAACGAGAUUAUAGUCAUGGCUUGAAGAAGUCUCAGGGAAUUUACAACUGAUGAGCAUUAUAGUUCGGAUAUGGGAUAUUGUAGGCGAAGGUCAGAUUUUGAAAGGGGAAUAUAAGGUCCUCGCUGGUCGGAUAAACGAUCUGGAAUGGGACGGCGAGAGCAAACGAAUUAUUGCAGUCGGUGACGGCAGAGACAAGUUCGGACAUGCGUUCAUGUACGAUUCUGGCUCAUCUACAGGCGAGAUCAUGGGUCACAACAAGGUCAUCAACGCCGUAUCGAUUCGUCAACAAAGACCAUUCCGGGCAGCCACUGGUGGUGAUGAUUCCACCAUUGUUUUUCAUCAAGGUGCACCAUACAAAUACGUCAAGACGAUCAAGACGCACACCAAGUUUGUGCAAGACAUCAAGUACAGCUCCUCCGGUGCCCACUUUGCCUCUGUCGGUUCCGAUGCCAAGGUGUUUCUCUACGACGGUAAGGAGGGCGACACGAUUGGCGAGUUCACCGAUGGAGCGCAUUCUGGAACGGUCACGGCUUGUAGCUGGAGUCCGGACAGCUCCUCAUUGGUGACAUCGUCGGCAGAUUGUUCCGUCAAGCUAUGGGACGUUGAGGCUCGCAAAUCCACUAUGACAUGGACACUCGGCUCAGGUGUCAAUUUCCAUCAAGUCGGGGUCGUUUGGACAGGCGGAGAUGAGAUCGUCUCCAUCUCUUUAUUUGGCGACCUGAAUGUAUUCGACAAGCGUGUCGGGGACAAGCCUUCACGUGUUCUUCAUGCUCCUACGAAACCAAUCACCACUGCAAUUUCUUUGCCCUCCUCUGGAACGUUUUUCGCAGGUACAGCCGAUGGACGCGUCCUGUCUCAUUCGGGUGAGGCGUACGAGUAUGUUCAUGGGGAAGGCCACUCUACAUUUGUGUCUAGCCUUGCGGUUACUGAGACGGCAGACGGAGCACAGGUGUAUUCCGCGGGGUAUGACGAUCGGGUGCGUGAGGUUGACUUGCAAGGAAACGAAUUUGUCCCCGCAGUGUACUCAACGACCUCCCAACCGCGUUCGCUCGCAGCAAGUUCCGACAAUACGCUCUUCAUCGCUGAGACCUCUUCUAUUGAGGCAGUCCGUUCGAACCAGAAAGUAUUCGAACUUUCUUCGUCUGGUUUCACCCCAAGUUCCAUCGCGGCUGCCGGUUCCGUUGUUGCCGUAGGUGGUGAAGAUAUGAAGGUCCGACUAUAUGAAUGGGACGGUAAGACAUUGAGUGAAGUUGGGAAGUUGGAGAGUAACAAAGGAGUCGUGAGUGCUUUGGCCUUUAGUCCCGAUGGGAGUUUGUUGGCUUCGGGUGAUUCAAGUGGACGAAUUGUCUUGUUUAACGUCAAGGACCGCUCGAUCGUCACCACCCGCUGGUCCUUCCACACUGCCCGAGUACACUCCCUAGCAUGGACAUCCGACGGGAAACAUGUUGCUUCAGGCUCACUCGAUACGCACGUUUAUGUAUGGAGCGUCCAGAACCCUAUCAAGAACAUUGCUAUCAAGAACGCUGCUCCCGGAGGUGUCAAUGCUGUGUUUUGGAUUGGUGAUGUAAAGCUGGGGAGUGCAGGUGCAGAUGGGUGUGUGAGGGUUUGGGAAGUAAAGUUCCAUCGAUGAGAGGAGGUGCUAGCGAUGUUAUUGCGAGAGAUUGAAAUGUGGAACGAAUGAAUAUGCAAGCCCAUGAAUAAUAGAAAGGAAGUUUUUGUUGUACAAUAUACUGUUAUGUACUUGAUACGAGGUCACUUAUUACAGGUUCUCAUCCAGAUUCACAACUAUUCUGACUGCUUUUCACUGUCAUAAACGACAUUUAACGUCAGCUUUACGAAAUUGCAGCCAGUAUACGUACGAGAGCCCUCUGCUUCGUCAACGCAUUGACACCCUGACCCCUUUGUGCGUUUCUGUCGUUGGCGUUGGCUCCAGUGCGUCUCGACCCUGAUCCUGUCGGUGUCGUCGACGGAGGCUUGACGGGUAAUUUCGG